UCUCCAGAAGGCGCUGUGAGCUGCGGGGUCCAGAAAGGUCUUCUCAUUGGUGCCACCUGCAGAGUCAGAGCAGGAGUGCCUGGCCAUUCCAGGAAGCUCCCGACAGCAACACAAUGACCAAAAUAGAGGCCAGCAGGGCAGACUGAAGGCCGCCUCCGCCGCCCCGAGAGCGACAGAGGCUGGGCGCUCGGCAGCGGUGCGAGCGGGGGAGCCCUCCCGAGAUGGAGAGGUUUCAGGCUGCGAUGCUGCUGGCGAGUGUGGGGGAUGCUCUCGGCUGCAGAAACGCCUGUGGGGAGAGCAGUGCUUCAGGCUCGAAGAUCCAGGGGGAGCUGCAAAAAAUCGGGGGGCUGGACCACCUCGUGCUCUCACCCGAGAAGUGGCCGGUGAGCGACAACAGCGUCAUGCACGUGGCGACGGCCGGGGCCCUGACCACAGACUACUGGUGCCUGGACGACCUGUACCGGGAGAUGGUGAAGCGCUACGUGGAAGUCCUCGAGAAGCUCCCAGAACACCGGGCCGACCCAGCUACCGUGGAAGGCUGCUCGCAGCUGAAGCCGGAUAACUAUCUCCUCGCCUGGCACACGCCUUUCAACGAGAAGGGUUCAGGAUUUGGAGCUGCCACCAAGGCGAUGUGCAUCGGCAUGCGGUACUGGAAGCCAGAGCGGCUGGAGACCCUGAUCGAGGUCGGCAUCGAGUGCGGCAGGAUGACCCACAACCACCCCACAGGCUUCCUCGGGUCCCUGUGCACAGCCCUGUUUGCAUCUUACGCCAUACAAGGGAAGCCGCUCGAACAGUGGGGGAGGGACAUGAUGAGGACCAUCCCGCUCGCCGAAGAAUAUUGCAAGAAGACUAUCCGGCACCUGGCAGAGUACCAGGAGCACUGGUUUUACUUUGAAGCUAAGUGGCAGUUUUACUUGGAGGAGAGAAAAAUCAGCGAAGACACGGAAAGUAAAGCCACGUUUCCCGACCACUAUGACGCGGAGGAGAGGGAGAAGACCUACAGGAGAUGGAGCUCGGAGGGUCGAGGGGGACGGCGGGGCCACGAUGCCCCCAUGAUUGCGUAUGACGCGCUCUUAGGAGCCGGGAAGAACUGGACAGAGCUCUGCCACCGGGCCAUGUUUCACGGAGGUGAGAGUGGGGCCACGGGGACCAUCGCGGGCUGCCUGUUUGGACUGCUGCACGGCCUGGAUACCGUUCCCGCGGGCCUGUACCAAGGCCUGGAGCAGGAGGAGCUGAGACGCCUGGGCACAGCCCUCUACCGCCUGUCCACGGAGGAGAAGUAAAGCCCUCUACCAUCCCCUCCUGGGAGCCGAUUCCGGCUCUGGGUGCCCAGGGGUGUCCACAGGCAACGCAAGCGCAGCUCCCAGCUCGCCAAGAACCCCGCCUAACCGGCCACAUCACACCUUAACCCUCCCUCCCAAUCUCAGAACCCUAUUGCUGCAUAAAAUACAUUGUUUGUCCUACGGGAGUAUUUUUCCUAUCCCAGCCCAAACUGAGUGCGUUAUUGACGCCACGUUGGAUUUGCUGCCCUCAAACCUGCAAAUACAGUGGUCACAAGUUGCCUCUUGGA